AUGAUGACAGGCGCAAGCUCCAUUGAACCAUGGGCUCAGGGAGCAGAGAAAUAUCGCGGACAUCGACUGUUGCCCCACAUUGUUGACUAUUGUGCCCAUCAUGAGCCCGAUCGCGUGUUUGCGGCCAUCUCGACGUCUGAAAGCGUUGCCAAUGGCUUCCAGGACGUUACGAUGAAGGACAUGGCUUCGGCGGUGGACCACAUGGCGUGGUGGAUCAAACGGACAUUGAAAAAUGCCCCAAAGGAGCGAAGAACCCUGGCCUACAUUGGUGCAGGGGACCUUCGAUAUACGAUUCUGCUGCUGGCGGCGAUCAAAUGCGAUUGGAAAACACUGUUCAUUUCGCCGCGGAAUCCGGCUAUUCUCAAUCUGGGGCUCCUUCAACAAGCCGAUGUUCAUGCACUCCUCUACGCAGAUGUUCUACGAUCUAUGGCCAAAGGUCUGCAGAAAUUCGACCCAUCUAUGUCCUGCAAACAAGUGCCAUCAAUGACAGAUUUGCUCAAAUCUCAAACUCCGCGAUACCCUUUCGAUGCGUCAUUCGCGGAGCUCAAGGAUGAGAAAUGUCUAAUCUUACAUUCUUCGGGCUCAACCGGCCCACCGAAACUAGUCUAUCUCACACAUGCCACAUUCUCCUGUACAGACAACGAUCCCAAAAUUCCCGUACCCGAAGGACGAAGUCCGCAGAAUGCUUCUCAGUUCAAUUUCUCUCCGCCAGGAAGGUUUUAUUCCUGCUUCCCUCCAUAUCAUAUGGCUGGCAUCCAAGCAUACACACUGCUGCCUGCAUUUUCUCAGGCUGCCGCUGUGAUCAUGGGGCCUCCCAUGAUGCCACCCAGUGGGUCCUUGGUAGACACCGUCAUGAAGGAGCAAGAUGUCCGAGCUCUUUAUCUUCCUCCUUCUAUCAUUGAGCAAUGGGUGACAGAGCCGACCGCAUAUGAGCAAGCAAAAAAUCUUGACUUUGUGCUCUAUGGUGGAGGCCCUCUAUCACGAACUGCUGGAAACAAGCUUGACGACGUGACCAAUGUCUGUCAAAUGUACGGAUCUCUCGAAAUGGGUCAGAUUCAAACGCUGAUGCCUCAACCGGGAGAAUGGGAACAUAUAGAGCUCAAUCCAUACGACGAAUGUGACAUGCAAGAAGUUGGCGUGGGCAUUUAUGAAAUGGUAUUGCAUCAGGACGAGAAGUUCAUCGGACGACGCUCCUUGUCUCACAACUUCCCAGAGGCAAAGACCUGGCGAACCAAGGACUUGUUCAUUCCUCAUCCAUCAAAGCCCGGUCUGUGGCGCUUCUAUUCUCGUACAGACGACAUCCUCGUCUUGAGCAGCAACCAAAUAGUAUGGCCCAUCCCCAUGGAGGCUGUUCUUGCUGGCGAUCCCCAUAUCGCCGGGGCUUUGGUUGUGGGCAAUGGCCGGCCUGAGGUACUCCUCCUAAUCGAGCCAAGACCAGGACCUCAAGUAGCCAGGAUGAGCAAGAAGGAAUUCAUCGAUGCAAUCUGGCCAUCCAUCGCACAAGCUAACUCGAUCGCGCCAGAGUAUGGCAAGAUCCGCCGGUCGCGAAUCGUACUAAGCCAGCCCAAUCUUGGAUUCUUCAGAGCCCCAAAAGGCACAAUAUCGCGAAAACCAACCGAGUCACUGUACGCCGAGUAUAUUGCUGCGGUGUUCCUUUAUGGCACAACGGAUGAGCAAAGCGAGAUAGGGAUCUUAGAGAAUCACUGGAUGGAUGAAGCGAAGAGGUUCAUUGGGUCUAUUGUCCAUGACAUUCGACCCGACAUCACCCUCAAAGAAAGCGAUGAUUUCUUCGUUGCCAAGGCGAUAGACUCGCUCACUGUCGUCGAGCUUGGGCAGAAACUAAGACUCGGUCUCCAUCGGCGCAUGGAUAAAAAGAAAAACGUGAUCAACUUUUGGCUGCACACGAUCUUCGAGAAUCCAUCUAUCGAGGCACUGGCAAAAGCCACGUUCAAUGCUGUCUUUGAACGGAAUGAGCUUGACUUGCAGCGAGCAAGUGGAGUUGAUGAGAUUUUGGAUGGCCUUGUCGCUCAGUUACCAGAGCCUAGCAAGGAAAAUCAAGCUCCGUCAUUUCCAGAUGCAGAUAUCAAAGUCGUUUUGCUGGGCUCAAGAGGGCGACUGGGACCAUACAUCGUCAAGGACCUGCUCGAUGACCCCCGUGUUGCAGGCAUCAAAUGCCUAGAUCGAGGUACAGAUGGGCGGGCAGCUUUCCAGCGUCGCGCCGACGAGCUGAAUCUAGACAUUGAUUCAAAUAACGCGCGGCUGCAGUUUAUCUCUGUUGAUCUAUCUCGACCAAAUCUGAAUCUGCCGCAAAAGCAGCUGGAUGAAAUAUCCAACCACGUAGACGUCAUCAUCCACAACGCCUGGGCCGUGAACUUCGCUUUAUCACUGUCCUCAUUCCUACCCGAAAUGCUGAAAAGUGUCAACACGCUUAUCGAAAUCGCAAAUAGGGCACCAUCCCACCCCCGAAUUGUUUUCAUGUCAUCCACUGGCGCUGUGCAACGAUGGGUCAAAGUGAUUUCUCCAAAUGUACCAGUUCCCGAAGAGGUGAUUAAAUGUGCACAUACAACCGCUUUGACGGGAUAUGCACAAUCAAAACAGGUUGCAGAAAGACUACUCGCUGCAGCAGGUGCCGAGCUCCAAAUUCCCAUUACAAUUCUUCGACUAGGACAAGUUGCCGGUCCGACUACGAUCGGAGAUGCAGGUAAAUGGGAUAGUCGCGACUGGGUUCACUCCGUGGCAAUUCUUUCCAAAGCCAGUGGCCUUGUGCCGGAUGAAAUGGGUCAAGUCGACUGGAUACCUGUGGAUCAGAUGUCGCGCGCGAUCCUCGAUCUCUCUCUGCAACAGGAGCAACCCGCCAACACGGACACCCCCUUCGUGCAGCUAUACAAUGUCGUUCAUCCCCGACCAGUUCCAUUCUCAGAAUUCGCAACCGCAUUACAGGCAUGCAUAUCUUCAUCGCAGCUAGUCAGCUUCGAGCAAUGGGUGGAACAUUUUACUUGUCUCUUACCCAAAAGGCUCUCCAGGGAGGCCGAGGCUGAAAAGAUUCGAAUCUUGCCUUUCUUUCAAUCCAUUGUGGGUGAAGAACAACCGCGCUUCGACUUGGAUAAGUGUAAGUUGACAAGCUUCACAAUGGCUGGGAUGGAGCCUGUUUCACAGAAGCUUUUGGGUGAAUGGUGUCGACGUUGGACCGAAACGGAAGCUAGGCGAGGUGAGACAUGA